CUUCAUCUCAUACAACUUCAUCGUCACGCAACAAAUUCAUCUCACACACAAACAACAACUUGAAGUUCGUGUGAUUGUGUCUCGAUCACUAUCCCCUCCUACCUCAACUUUAGCUGCAUACUACCUACAUCGAGUAACCUCCUAUGUCAUGGCAUCCGAAAAGUCCUCUAUCACAAUCAGAGACCUACAAGAUGGAGACCUGGAAUCCAUAGCCGAUAUCUACAAGCAUGCCGUCCUCAACACCACAGCAACCUACGAGCUCGACCCCCCUAGUCCAUCCGCCCUAGGCGGCAGGCUCCAUGCUAUCCGAGAAGCCGGAUUCCCCUGCUUUGUUGCCGAGAACUCAUCCUCAUCCUCAUCCGAUAUGCCCAGGAUCUUGGGGUACGCCUAUGCCAGUGAAUUCCGCCCACGGCCGGGAUAUCGGUAUACCGUGGAGCAUUCGAUCUAUGUGGCAUCCAGUGCAAGGGGACACGGAGUAGGGACCCUGUUGAUGGAUGCUCUCAUUAAGGCGUGUGAAGGCCUUGGCUUCCGUCAGAUGGUGGCUGUUAUCGGGGAGGGCGGUGAUACCAGUCCGUCGGUUUUGUUUCAUAGGAAGCUGGGGUUUCGGUAUGCUGGGACGUUGGAGGGGUCGGGGUAUAAGUUUGGGAGGUGGUUGGAUACGGUGUUCAUGCAGCGCGCAAUCAAUGGUGGGACGGGGAGUUUGCCGGAUUCGACGUGACUGCUGAAGAUCAGGUUGUGAGUAGAGUUUGUAUGUACAUACAGUACCUUACAUCUAUCCAUGAUCCGUAGCUGCGUCAUGUCAGGGAUGAGGGACCCUACCUGUAGGUCGCGAACCACCUGAUUCAGUUGUAGUGACAGAGGCCGCCCGCGGACUUAGCUAAUCAAAAAAUGAUCGACCUC